GAGCGGCGCGGCUGCACGGAAAUCGUCACACGCCGGAGGGCGGAGGGGGGCAGCGGUUACCCGGGCGACCAGGGCCCGCCCUUCACCCGUCGCACUCUUCCCCGCCCUCCCCACGUCAGCGCCGUCUCCCGACCGGCCGGGGUGGGGCAGCCGGGCCGCGUGAUUGACAGUUACCAUAGAAACAGGCUCGCCCCGUCGCCAUUUUGUCAGUUGGCUUUUUUUUUUUUUUAAAAAAAACCCUCUUCCCGCCUGAAUCGUGGGGUUUAUUUUUUCUUUCCCCUCCUCCUUCCCACCUCCAUCCCGAAAGACGUUAUCGCACAAGAAAACGAAAGAACAUCCUCCAAAAAAAGAAAAACCCCAAAACCCAAACAACUGUUCCUCGAGGGUCCGGCGGGGACACGCGAGAAGUUCGUCCCGCGCGGGCGGGCGCGGACAGGCUCGAGGCGGCAGCGGCGGCAGCAACAGCAGCGGUGCGGCGCGGGAGGGGAGCGGGGCGGCGCAGCGCCCUGGCGAAGCCGGUUCGCGAGGGAGGGAGGGAGGAGGAAGGAGGAGCGGGCGGGGAGAGAGGGAGGGGGAGGAGGUAGAGGCUGGCAGGCGGGGGAGGGAGGGAGCGAGGAGUUCCCGGGGGCUCGGUACGGCGCUGCGCUUCCCCCCCCACCCCCUCCCCCUCCUCCCUCCGCCCGCUCGCGCCCGCCCGCCGCUGUCCCCGCGCUGCCUGGCCGGGGCUCAGGCCGCCGCCGCGCCGAGCCGAGGCCGGGCCCUGCCGUUGCCGCCGCCGGGCGCUGCGCAGGUUUGGAACGCGCGCCAUUUUGUGAGCGAUAGAAAAUCCAGCCCGGCCAGGAAGCGCCGCGGAUCCGCCCGCCGGGCCGGGCCCCCCCUCUUCGCCGCCCAGAGAGGAAGGCGCGCAGCGGACAGACCCCGCAGCCGGUGCCCCCCGCGCCCUGAGCGGCACCGGCACCGCCGCCAGCCGUGCGGGCCCGAGCGCGGCGGGGCGGCCGGACUGCGGAGCGCACAAGAGGGAGGCGCUGCCGCGCCGGGGCCCCUGGCCGAGGCCGGGGGAAGCCUUCGCUCCUCGCCCUGCCUGCGCCCGCCGCUCAGGGGAAGAGGCCUCAACCGGGAGAAGCCGGGCCGGAGCGCAGGGCCCGCCACCCCCCACACCGUGGUGUUUGCUGCUGGACUCCCCCCGUCCCCCACACCCCUGCAGGAUGAUAUGAAACUUGAAAGAAGACGAUGCAUACAGGAGGAGAGACUUCAGCAUGCAAACCUUCAUCUGUUCGGCUUGCACCAUCGUUUUCAUUCCAUGCUGCUGGCCUUCAGAUGGCUGGACAGAUGUCCCAUUCGCAUCAGCAGUACAGUGAUCGUCGGCAGCAGAACAUAAAUGACCAACAGGUUUCUGCCUUAUCAUAUGCUGACCAGAUUCACCAGCCUCUAACAUUAACAAACCAGAGGCGGAUGCCCCAAACUUUCCGUGAUCCAGCCACUGCUCCGUUGAGGAAACUCUCCGUAGAUUUGAUCAAAACAUACAAGCAUAUUAAUGAGGUUUACUAUGCAAAAAAAAAACGGCGGCAUCAGCAGGGCCAAGGAGAUGAUUCCAGUCACAAAAAGGAGAGAAAAGUUUACAACGAUGGCUAUGAUGAUGAUAACUAUGACUAUAUUGUAAAAAAUGGGGAGAAGUGGAUGGAUCGUUACGAAAUUGACUCUUUAAUAGGCAAAGGAUCCUUUGGACAGGUUGUAAAAGCUUAUGAUCGAGUGGAACAGGAGUGGGUGGCUAUCAAAAUAAUAAAAAACAAGAAGGCUUUCUUAAACCAAGCCCAGAUUGAAGUGCGACUGCUUGAGCUUAUGAACAAACAUGACACUGAGAUGAAGUACUAUAUAGUGCAUUUGAAACGCCACUUCAUGUUCCGAAACCAUCUCUGCUUAGUCUUUGAAAUGCUGUCCUACAAUCUGUAUGAUCUGUUGCGGAACACCAACUUCAGAGGUGUCUCAUUGAACCUGACACGAAAAUUUGCACAGCAAAUGUGCACUGCACUGCUUUUUCUGGCUACUCCUGAACUUAGUAUCAUUCACUGUGACCUAAAACCUGAGAAUAUCCUGCUCUGUAAUCCCAAACGAAGCGCUAUCAAGAUUGUUGAUUUUGGCAGUUCGUGUCAACUUGGACAGAGGAUAUACCAAUAUAUCCAGAGUCGUUUUUAUCGAUCACCAGAGGUGCUACUGGGAAUGCCUUAUGAUCUUGCAAUUGAUAUGUGGUCCCUUGGGUGUAUUUUAGUUGAGAUGCACACUGGAGAGCCUCUUUUUAGUGGGGCAAAUGAGGUGGAUCAAAUGAAUAAAAUAGUGGAAGUUUUGGGGAUACCACCUACCCACAUCCUUGACCAAGCACCAAAAGCAAGAAAGUUCUUUGAGAAGUUGCCAGAUGGCACUUGGAACUUGAAGAAGACCAAAGAUGGAAAAAGGGAAUACAAACCACCCGGAACUCGUAAACUUCACAAUAUACUAGGAGUUGAAACAGGAGGACCAGGUGGACGUCGUGCUGGGGAAUCGGGUCAUACUGUAGCUGACUACUUGAAGUUCAAAGACCUCAUCUUAAGGAUGCUUGAUUAUGACCCUAAGACACGAAUUCAACCUUAUUAUGCCCUACAGCAUAGUUUCUUUAAGAAAACAGCAGACGAAGGUACAAACACAAGUAACAGUGUGUCUACAAGUCCUGCCAUGGAGCAGUCACAGUCUUCAGGAACCACCUCUAGUACAUCUUCAAGCUCAGGUGGAUCUUCCGGAACAAGCAACAGUGGAAGGGCACGGUCAGAUCCCACACACCAGCAUCGACAUAGUGGUGGACACUUCACUGCUGCUGUUCAGGCUAUGGACUGUGAAACACACAGCCCACAGGUUCGACAACAGUUUCCUCCUCCAAUUGGUUGGACAGCAACUGAAGCUCCUACACAGGUCACUGUUGAAAACCAUCCAGUUCAAGAAACCACCUUCCAUGUAACCCCUCAACAACAGAAUGCAUUACAUCAUCAUCACGGAAAUAGCUCUCACCACCACCACCACCACCAUCACCACCACCACCAUCAUGGACAGCAAGCCUUGGGUAGCCGGACCAGGCCGAGGGUCUACAAUUCUCCAACAAACAGCUCCUCCACCCAGGAUUCUAUGGAGGUGGGCCACAGUCACCACUCCAUGACAUCCCUGUCUUCCUCAACUACUUCUUCCUCUACAUCUUCCUCCUCUACUGGUAACCAAGGCAAUCAGGCCUAUCAGAACCGCCCAGUGGCUGCUAAUACCUUGGACUUUGGACAAAAUGGAGCUAUGGACAUGAAUUUAACAGUCUACUCUAAUCCGCGCCAAGAAACUGGCAUAGCUGGACAUCCAACGUACCAGUUUUCUGCUAAUACAGGUCCUGCUCAUUACAUGACUGAAGGACACCUUGCAAUGAGGCAAGGGAUUGAUAGAGAAGAGUCUCCCAUGACAGGAGUUUGUGUUCAGCAAAGUCCUGUGGCUAGCUCGUGACUAAACUGAAACUAAGUUUGUUUCUUGUGUGUUUUUAUAGAAGUGGUGUUUUUCCAAAAACAAAGUGCAAAGCUGCUUGAAUCAGAAGGAGAUAAACUCACUGAACCGCUACAGGAGGGCAAAGCUGACUAUUUUUUUAAACUUGAAAAGAUUGCAAAGGGACAAUGAAGUUUUUUUUGUUGUUUUUCUGGGUUUUUUUUGGUUUUUUUUUUGUUUUUUUUAAGAGCCAUGUCCGGACCCACCUUAACGGAUAGCUUAGUGGUGUUCAUCUUUUGCUUCCCCCAUUUUAACUUGCCACAACCUAGUCAUAGUUUGGUUUUUUUGGAGAGGGGUUUUUUUUGGUCUUAUUCAACAGGGGUUAUUGUUCAAAUCUUAGUUGUAGUUGCAAACUAGUUUCUUUUUAAAAGCAUUGCACAUGAUUUAUAAAAAGGCCCUUUGAAGUUUUUGGGUGGGAGGGGAGUGAAUAAUAUAUAUAUAUUUUUUUUUAGUUCCCCAAACAAACAUGGGCACAGAAAUGCAGUACUGUAAGAAAGAGGGACCUUCAGAUUACACAAAUAUAUAUUCUUCAGCUGUAAAAAGGGACGGUUGUAAUGGAGUUUGUAAGGCACAUUAAGCAUGCUAAGUGGCGGUGAUCAGAACUCUCCUUUUCUGAAUCUACUGAGGAUCAAAGCAGCAAUUGUAAUGGGAUUCUGUAGGUCUCGUAUUUUGGAGACCACAGUCAGUUAGUAUUGAAAUAUGACUGGUUUCAUAACUGAGGUGCACUGAGAAGCAAUCAACGGGUCGGUCCUGGCCAGUCCUGGGGAGGUCUAAGCGGUGGUCUUUGGGAUAACCUUUGGCCUUAUGGAUUUGGACUCUUAAGUUAGAAGAGCCUACCAUUUCAGAUGCAAUCACUUUUGGACAUGCUUUUGCAGACAGUCCUUAAUGCUGAAAACACAGAGAAUGGGUAAUUCAAGAGGCCUUUCUUUUAAAAUAGACUUUUGUGACCCACUUAUUGUAAGGUAUUGCAAGGUCACUUUGCGUGUGUCAUAAAGUUGACUUCCUUAUUGGUUGAAGGUCACAGGAGUAGUGGUUUGCGUUUGAUGGAAAUAGCUACAACUGUGUCCCUUCCUGCUUUUUACUUUUUUCUUUUGCUUUUUCUCGGCACGUGGUUUCUCCACCAUUACUUCUGCACAAAGACGUCUUCUGUUCAUCCUGAACAUUUUUAAAAAUGCAGAAUUUUAUGUGACUGCUUUUUUGCCUCACAAUUAUGCUGUGAAUUUUACAAAAAUUUAUUUUCUUUUUUGAUAAUUUAUUGUACCAAAGCUGUUUUUAUAGCACAUAGAUGUCUGUAACCAAUAAUGUAGCAGUUCUGCACUUUGACACAAGGUGUAACUAGACCAUUUUUAAAUGUCAGUUGAAAAUUAUGGCUGUACUAUUGCUUAAACAAAACUGGAACUGUUGUUGAAUUCAUAGCCAAUACAUUUACAGCAAUCUGUGUACUGAACAUAAUAGAUUGACAUCUACUUCGAGACUAUAACAUCUGUUACAUUACAAAUGUGUUCAGGCUUCUGAAGGUAAAGGGACACUAGAUCCAGAAGCUAUGAAACCAGCAGUUGAUUCUUGUAUUCCUUAUUAACAUAAUUGUAAAAUUGAAGGCAAGACCUCGAUUGCAUGAACAGGUCCAAAAUAAUAGUUUGAGUAAAGCAAAACACUCACAUGAGACCUGAGAUUAGCAGGCUGUAUUUAACAGGUGCCUAAUUUUUGGGUAAUGCUGCCUUAAUAUAACACAGUCAGCUUGGCAGUUGCAAAAUUUAUGGGCCCAUUCAGAGAUUUAUGUACAUGAAAAGUGAAAGCUCCAUGAAAAACAUUUGGAAGAUAAAGGGUAAUUCAUUGAUUGCCCAUCCCAGACGAACCUUGUUUGCCCAUUAUAUAUUACAGAAGCAGUGAUCUACCUCUGCCAGUAAGCCCUUUUAAAAGUUAAUUUAGCAGAACAUUCAGAGUUCAUACUGGUCAAUUCCAUGCAGCGAAGUAAUUUUUUCAGACUAAAAGGUGGAAUUUUUUAUACUUACAGUGGCAAUGCAGCAGCUGACUAACAUGUAAAUGGGAAUGAAUACUUGGGAUUACCAUUUUUUUUGUAAAUCAUGAUUUUUUUUUUUUUUUAAAUCAAGCAAUCCACAUUUCUUUUGUAUUGACAUGUCAACCCUGUGGAUGAAAGUGGUUUGAUUUUGGUUGCUUGGUUUCUUUUUUUUUGUGUGUUUUUUUUUUUUUUUUUUUAAAAACUCAGUAAUUCAGAGAAGUUUACAGGAUUUGGAAGGCUGUCACCUUAGAAACGGGAUGCUGAGUUUAGCAAUAUAAAAAGGAAUUCAGUACUUACUGCUGUCUAGGAAUAUAAGGGUAAUAUAAAAUCUGGGUAAUUUUUGUGCGCGCGGGUUGCCACACCUUACCAAGCGCCAAAAAAUAAAGCAGUUAAAAAUAUCUGCAUAAAGAAGAAAUCAUAAAAUCCAGUGCUUCUGCAUACUGUGUUAUGUUACAGUCCAGUUUUGUGUGCUUUACUACACAGUUUGGUUACAGGACUUCUGUGCAUUGUAAACAUAAACAGCAUGGAAAAGGUUAAAUACCUGUGUUCAGAUUGUAAGAUCUAGUCCGGACUUGCUGUGUAUAUUGUAACGUUAAAUGAAAGACAAGCCCUUUGUAUUAUAGUCAUGCAGUCUUAUGUAUGAUAAACAGUUGAAUAAUUUGUCCUCAGACUCUUUACUGUGCUUUUUAAAAAAAGAGUAAUUUAAGAAAAAAUGUAAACAUAGUAAAUCUUCCUAUGCAAUUAACCUACUCCAAGCCAUGGUAUGGUAGGUAUAAUUAUACUAUAAUAUGUAAAUAUCAGAUACAUUGAAACAGACUUAAAAAUAUGAAAGUAAAAGUUGGAGGCAUAACAGUAAUUUUGAGUUUUUAAUUGAAACAGCAAGGUAUACAAAUCAUUGAUGUAUGAACACAGAUCUGCUUGAUUCUGAUGAACUGUACUUGUAGUUUGAGUUCUUUAUAUUAUCAUCUGUUAGUUUGAAUGUUCUUAUAUGCACUGCAGCUUUCUACCUAUUGCAGACUAGCUGAUUUUAAGGCCAGAAGUGACCAUGGUAAAUGAAAUAAUCUGACUGGCAUGCCAUUAUCCCUAGAAUUCAACCUAGUUAUUUCUGCAUCAUGAAGUCCGUACCUUUUGGGUGCAGUAGAACAUACUUUUGAAAAAGGUAGCUGAUUUUCAUAUAGUUUAUUCAAGUGUGAGGAUUUUUCCAUGUCUCUGGAGUGAUUCAGCUAGUUUAUUUUCCAUAUUCUUAGUCCUCCUUCGGUUUUAGGACUGUUUAGUUACAGCUGCUGGCCAUCAAAUAGCUAGCUGCCUAUUAGAAGAACUAAUAACUAGUUUUAAACUAUUUCACUUUAUUCACAUAAAAAUGUUAACUUUAAUAACCUAUCUACAUGGAGUUCCUUAAAUCUCUAACUGUAAAGCUUUUUACAGCUCUUCUGAAACUUCAGAUGUUUUAAAAUCCAUUCUAAAGCGCGGACAUAAGAACUGCAUACAGCAUCUGGUAGUAAUUUCAGUAUUGCUGUGUGCGUCUAGUAUGUGCAGGUACAUUCUUGAACCUUUCAGUUUAUAUCUUCGCUUGUUUGUUUAUACCUCCAAGGACUGCGUUUUUAAAUCUUUCAGUCUCAGUUAUUUGCAUUAAAAGAUUGUAAAUUUAGAUGAUUAUCCAUCAUGAUUCCUAAGUCCUUUUCAGAACUGCUGCUCUUCCAGGAUGUAGUCUUCCAUCCUGUAAGUAUAAUGAUGUCUGAAUGGGACUGGUUUACAGAAGGGUUGGCUUCACCUAUAGAUGUGACUUGUCUUCAUUGUUUAUCACUCUACCAUCGUUAUGUUCAUUAAACCAUCAAUGUGCUUAUAGUUUAUUCUUGAUAACGGAAAAAUCUUAAAUACCUUGGAAGAUAAUUUCUGUUGAAACCCAUCAGAAACACCCUUUUUAAUGAGGAAGUAAUCUAAAACUCUAACCUUCUGACACAGAGUGCUGAAUAUGUUGCGUUGAUUGAUAGAACAAAUAUAUUUCAAUAAGAUCAUUAUAUGGAACUUCUGCAUAGUAUGGAAGUAUCUUUCCAGUCAAAAUUACUCGAGUAACUGACUACAAAGUAGAGUUAUUGCUGAGUGUUGCUCUCAUGAGGAUGGUUUGGGUGUGAUCCAGCAUGACUUUGGCAAGUGAUGUAUUUUACAUAGAAGGAUGGAUAUUAGAACUGCACAAUAUCUUGCAUCUGUCAAGCAAAGUCACAUUGCCAAAUUGUAGUUUUCUGUUACAUAUCCCUGGUUUUGUGGGGUUCUACAGAAGCAACCUCAUGUUGAGAAGUUUGCAGUUGGUAUUUAUUUCUCCACCAUAUAAUGAUAGUUGAACUAUUUUUUCCUUAUUGAUUAAGAUGCCUUGGUUUUGUUUCAACAGUUAUCCAUACUAGCCCUAUCAAAUAUAUAUGAUCUGCCUAGACCUGAGAGGGUUUGCAGUUUCUGUUGUUUAUUAUGGUUUAUGCUAGGUGUUACAGAGCAUCACAGAGUUCAGUCACAAGACUGUCACUGUGACUACCCUUGAGAACCUGAAUAAUAGGAGAAUGUGAUACACUUCAUAAGCCAGACAAAAGUAGUUAAAAAUUUUAACUUCAGACUCCUCUACUGAAUGGCAGAGAGAAAAUUUAAUUCACUUUACGCAAUGUUCAUAGAUUCUAGAGGGAAAGUGCGGAUAGAAGAUUUAGAAGAGGAUAAGAGUUGUAAUUGAAAGGAUGUUCUGUGUGGGAGGGAGUCUAACCAAUGUGAAUAACUGCAUAGGGAGGGGAGAGAAAUACCCUUAGCUGGAGUGGAAUUGUGCAGACCUUAAUUGAAAGUGAGACCGAGACUUUUUUUUAUGUGGUCUUGGUCCUAGGAAACCAUGUGGGGGAAGCUAAAUGAAGAACUUCACGGCCAUGCAGAGUGAGGCUUAACAGAUCUGUUUUGAGUGGAAAAUAGGUUUUUCACAGAAGGUUGGAUUCCAGUAAUUAACGUGAGAGAUGUGCAGAAUGUAGCUGUGCAUUUUGUUUCAAGGCGGAUUUGAAUCCAGACUGUUUUUCAAGUGGCAAGACUUGGGACAAAUUUGGAAGUUUGCAAGAGAGCAGAAAGGAAGGUUGAGGUGAUUUUAUUGCCAUUUAGAAAGGCUAAAUUGAAGGAGGAGUAUUAGAUUUCUGACAGUAGACCAAACGAGGGGAUGUUGGAGAGAUCAGGCUGGCAGAAGCAGCAGUAAUGGAUAGAGUGGAUUGUCAGCAUGUAGGCAACUGAAGGGAUUUUAAUUUAUUUACUAACUAGAGCUGAGAUGUAUAGGUUAAAAUGGGCUGAAAGCAGAGCCUAGUGAUACCUUAAAAGAGACAAACCACAGCAGAUGUUAUAAAUGGAGUUUAGAACUGUAGAAAUAAUAAAAAUCAAAACCCCAAGUAGUGUAUUUCUUUGAGUGAGUAUCUAUUAAAACUUGUACAUGUGUUUAGUAGGAUGAGAAUGGAAGUGAGACUGACCAAAGACAUCCUUAAAAAAAAAUUAUUGCCAUGGAGUAGAAAGCACACAGGAUCUGUAUAGCCUAAAAGAUGUUUUAUUCUGAAUCUACCUUAGGUCCUCAUUCCUAAGGCAGGACCUCUGUUUCACAACAAGCAAUUUUUCCUCAGUGAGCAACAGGGAAAAGUAUCCCAGCUAAAUAAUAAAUAGUGAAAAGCUGCAAACCUCAUAUCAAAAGCUAGCAUCUAAAGAAAACAGCCCUGGUAUUUUCAGUCUAAAUAAGAAAAAAGCAUCAGCUAUUUUUUUGAAAAUUAAGGCUAAUAACAUUCUUAUUGGUAAGACAGAACUACCAUUAUUGGAAAAAUGUCAUAAAUCCUUUCAGGAGGAGUGUCUGGACCAGACUUGGCUUUCUAAACCAGAUUUUGGUAAUCUUACAGAGCAGAAGCAUCCUGGGCCAGGGCAAGUUGCUCUGAAUUUCAGUAGAGACAAUACUGAGAAGCCAGCACGUAGAUCAUGCUUUGUGGACAACAGAAUGUAAUGCGGCUUUAGGUAAACAAGGCAAUGCAAUUAAACUUCUUGUGUAAUACACUGGAAUUUUCUCUUUCCUGUACGUCUUCGCAAGAGGCAUUUCUCAUCUCUGGUAAGUUGUGCAGUCCAGCUCUUACUCUCCAAGUACUCCGUAGGAACAGCUUCGACAGGAAUUUCUGCUUCCCACUGCUGCAAACUCCAGCAUCCUGGAAUACAAUUGUCGUGAUGUCUUGGCAUAUGUUUUGGUUAUAAGGGCAUUAUGUUUUUCUAGAGCACUGCAUCUUACAUGUCAAAUUCAGUUUAAAGCUGUUCAGUUAACAAAGUACAGAAAGGUUUUGACGUUUUGCUUCCAUCGUUUUGCAUGGAAAUGGACAAAUCUGGAAUUGUUGUGUACCAUAAGGCAGCAUCUCCUAGAAACAUGUUGGUCUCUAAUAUGAAUGCUUUUAUAAUAUAUGCAAUGUUCUCUUGAAUACAUCAGCCAUUUGGAGU